GGAUUCGGUCACUUGCUGGCAAUGCAGCUGGCAAGAGAAGGAUUCUUCGUCUACGCGGGGUGCUUGGAUGGAAACGGUGUGGGUGCGAAAUACAUCAAGAACGUGGAGAACACCUUAGUGCUUCAGAUGGACGUUACCAAAGAAGAAGAAAUAAAUCAAGCACUGGAAGUCGUAGAAAGCCACUUGGACGGGAAAGAGCUGUGGGCAGUCGUGGCGAACGCCGGAGUGGCACACUUGGGCUACAUUGAAUGGCAGCCAUGAGCAGAGUGCGGUCAAUUUUCGACGUGAACACGUUCGGAGCCCUGUCGGUUUCAACAGCCUUCCUACCCCUGCUGAGAAAAUCUCGGGGCCGGCUGGUCCUCGUGACAAGC